AUGUCCGCUGAGCCUGAACUCAUUGAGCUGCGGGAACUGGCACCCGCGAGGCGCGCCGGCCCAGGUCGCACCCGUCUGGAGCGCGCCAAUGCGCUGCGCAUCGCGCCGGGCACAGCGCGCAACCCGGCAAGGCAGCCGGUCCUGGGCCGUGGCCACCGCUUCAAGCCUGCGGGGCCCACCACGCACACGUGGUGUGACCUCUGCGGCGACUUCAUCUGGGGCGUCGUGCGCAAGGGCCUGCAGUGCGCGCAUUGCAAGUUCACCUGUCACUACCGUUGCCGCGCGCUCGUCUGCCUCGACUGCUGCGGACCCCGGGAUCUGGGCUGGGAACCGGCGCUGGAGCGGGACACAAACGUGAAUGGGUUGCUUAGGAGCCUAUGCUGGCCCAUCUUUCAGGACGAGCCUGUGGAGUGGGAGACACCGGACCUUUCUCAGGCUGAGAUUGAGCAGAAGAUCAAGGAAUACAAUGGCCAGAUCAACAGCAACCUCUUCAUGAGCCUGAAUAAGGACGGCUCCUAUACAGGCUUCAUCAAGGUUCAAUUGAAGUUGGUGCGCCCUGUCUCAGUGCCCUCCAGCAAGAAGCCACCCACCUUGCAGGAUGCCCGGCGGGGCCUAGGGCGGAGCACAGCUGUGAAGCGCCGCACCUCCUUCUACCUACCCAAGGAUGCUGUCAAGCACCUGCACGUGCUGUCACGCACGCGGGCACGAGAGGUCAUCGAGGCCCUGCUGCGCAAGUUCUUGGUGGUGGACGACCCCCGCAAGUUUGCACUCUUUGAACGGGCUGAGCGCCACGGCCAAGUGUACCUCCGGAAGCUGGCCGAUGAUGAGCAGCCCCUGCGGCUGCGGCUCCUUGCAGGGCCCAGCGAGAAGGCGCUAAGCUUUGUCCUGAAGGAGAAUGAUUCCGGGGAGGUGAACUGGGACGCCUUCAGCAUGCCUGAACUGCACAACUUCCUGCGCAUCCUGCAGCGGGAGGAAGAGGAACACCUCCGCCAGAUCGUGCAGAAGUACUCCUACUGCCGCCAGAAGAUCCAGGAGGCCCUGCACGCCUGCCCCCUGGGGUGACCCCCUGUGCCCUUGGGUGGAAGGAGAGCAGGCAGCACAAAGGGCGUGCCGUGUGAGUGUGACAGGGCCCACGUGGCCUGAGGAAUGAGUGUGCAUGGAGGCCCUCAUCUUGCUGGAGGAGUGAACCCAGAGAACGGCAAAGGAGCUGGCCCCCCGUGUCCACCAGUGGGCGUAGCAGAGCCUGGCUCUGCACCCGCUCCCAUCUGUGUACCGAGUCAUGGCAGGCCAGGGCCGCCCUGGGGAGCUGCUCCAGUCUUGCAGCAGGGGUAGAGCAGACAGAGCCUCCGUAAUUCACGUCUCAGAUACGAGAACCUUGGAGACUCAAAAAACAGAGCAGGGCAUGUUUACAGGGAUGAGGACCCCCAUCUAUGGGGAAAGGUUGUAUGUUUUGGGUCUUGGAUGGGGUCUCAACAGCCCUAUCAGAGCCAAGAGAGGGUGUUCAAGAUAAGUGAGGCAUCAAGAAAGAGUCUAGGUUUCCCCCUACAGUGGCCUCUGGUUCUGCACACAUCCUGGAGUCGGCGUGCUGGCUCACGGUGCAGCAACAGUGCCUCGGCACCUCCUCCAAGGAGGCGACGCCUCUGGGCCCAGGGGUCCCUGUGAAUGCGGGCACUGGCCCCAGUCCAUGCCUUGUUUGCCAAUCAAAGCCAGGGUCUUUACUUUGGGUAUUUUUUGAUGAUGUGUGUGAAUGUAUACUAUUUUGUGGCCUCAGCUGAAUGCCUCCUGUGGGGAAAGGGGUGGGGGUGACAGUCAUCAUCAGGACCUGGGGCCUGAGAAAAUUUGGCUGAAUAAAGAUUUAAGAAUCUGCUUUUGGACUCUCUAUCAUGGGCCCUCAGCCCCAGUUGCCCUUUACGCCAGUGGCUUCCAAGGGUGAUGGACAGAUUCAACAGAGCACCUUUUCAAGGUCACCAUGGGACCAAUUCGUUA